AUGUCGCGGACCGCUAAUUCCCCAUCGAGCUGGGUGUCCCGCGACCAGAUCUACGAUAUGCUCGGCAUCUCGGGGAGUUCAGAGGAUCAAGCCCACACUCGCGAGUUUCUGAGCGAGCUCAUGAUGGAACUAGACAUCCGGUCUUUCAGACCUCAUAAGACCCGAGCCAAUUUCAGAACCGCAUUGAUCAGAGACAUCACUUCCCCCGACGGCCAACUUUGUACCUCUAUUCGGACCGCCUACGCUAACAACUCGGAUGAAUGUCUCUUCGCGCUACAAAAACUCGCUCGACUGGUCAAAAAGGCCUGGGUUGACUAUUUCAAGAACCACCCCGUAUUGCAAGAUGACGCCGACACUGACGCCGACUCUGGACCUGCCCCUGGACCUGGACAUACUCAAGCUGCGUCUCAAGCUGUCACCCAAGCUUGCAACCCUGCUGUCGCCCCUGCUGCUACUGACACAACUACUACCGCCGCCACUACCACCACCUCUACUUCUAUGCCGGGUACCACAGCAGCAGCAGGGACAGCCCCAAACGUCCAGCCCUCCACCGGCCCGGACACCGACCAGAGAUGCUGGAUCCCAGAUGUCCAGUUCUACUUCCGCGAGGUCGACUCUGACCCGACCUUCCCCGACGCUGAGUUUCGCCUCAGCGACAUCCUCUCCAACCCCGCAGGCCAGACAUCAACCCUCCUGCACACGACCUGGGUUGACAGCGCCGGAUUGAGAUUCAUCCGGUUCGUUGACGCCCUCAGCCAAGGUCUCGGGAGAUCGAUCCCCGAUAUCACCGAGAUAGACAUCUGGCUGCGUGUCGUUCAUCCGACCACCCAGGCUGCGUUUGAGCUGGAAAUCGGUCAGGAUGACGGGGAGUUGGGGAUGUUGGAGGAGGCGUUUAAUACGAUCAUGGAACAGGCCAUGACGUACUCGUACAACGGUGUUCUUCCGGCGGCGAAUUCCUCAGAGGCGUAUGAGCUCAUGCGCACCAUCUUCAUGGAGGAGUGA